UGGCGAUUGUUGGCGACUAUUUGUAGUCACUGGUGACAAUGAUGGGUGACACUCGCAAGAAUGAAGAUAAUCCAGUGCCGUUCGAAGAAGCUCUUACUAAGACUGGUAACGGCCUGUACAAUAUCCUGUUGGUGUGCACAUGUGCGCUGAUCCUGCUGGCUAUUGGCGUGGAUCUGUUCGGGUUCAGCCUGGUGGUGACCGCCGCCUGUGACCUGGAGCUCACCGUCUCACAGAAGGGGAUACUCACUUCAUUGCCAUUUAUUGGCAUCCUGCUGGUAUCCUACAUCUGGGGCUACGUGUCAGACACCCGCGGGCGACGAUUCACACUGGUUCUAUCUCUACAGACAGGCUUCAUCCUCUCCUGCAUCAGCUGUCUCUCACCCAACUGGUUGGUCCUGGGCAUCGUCAAGUUCUUCUCCGUUUGCUUUUCAUGUGCAGCGAAUUCGGCAACGUACACGUUGGUGGGGGAGGCGUGUAUUCAGCGCGUGCGCAACAAAUACAUGUUACUGAUGACCUGCCUGCUGCUGCUGUCACCGGCCAUAGCUGGAGUUCUGACAUAUCCGACCUUAAAGCUAGACUUCGAAGUGGAACUCUACUGGUUAGGCCUGUACUUCAGACCAUGGAGACUGCUCAUCAUCGUCCUAGCGAUCCCUUCGGGAAUUGGAGGCCUGCUUAUUAUGUUCUUCCACGAAUCUCCUAAGUUCCUGGCCAAUUUGGGAAGAAAGGACGAAGCUCUGAAGGUCAUGAAACAUAUGUAUGCUGUCAAUCAUCGGUGUAGUCAAGAUGAGUAUAAGAUCCACUCCCUCACUCUAGAAGAAGUCUCCAGCAAGAAGGAACAGUCACUCCUGCGCAGCAUGUAUGAACAGAGCGCCCCUCUCUUCCGCCGCCCGCUGCUCUGGCGCACCUUGCAGCUCUUCUACAUCGUGUUCGUAGUGUACAUCACUAAUAACAGCUUCCUGGUCUGGUUGCCACAUAUCCUGAACCUGGUGAGAGUGGCUCUGGAGUCCAGCAACUCUGACACAGCCAACAUCUGCGCCUUGAUAUCUACUGAAACUGCUGUUAAUGGUGCUGAAAAUGUUACCGCCGUUAAUUAUACCAAUACUACUGUUGCUAGCAUUACCCCAGACAUCUGUCUCGGCACCGUUGAAGAUAACGUGAUCCUGACCCUCAUAGCAUCACAAUCUGUCUUCUCCUUCCUCAACUUCGCCAUCUCCUACCUGCCCAACAGAAGAAAAGUCAUGCUUAUAUGCAUCUUGUGCUCAUCUGCCUUAAGUGGCAUUUGCAUCAACCUGAUGCCUGAGCCUAUCUCCAGUGUCUUCUUCUUCGUUGUGUUUACUUGUACUUGUCUCGGGAUGGGCAUGCUUGCUUCUUACUUCGUCGAUUUGUAUCCUACAUCUUACAGAGGUAUGGUGGCUUGUCUCAGCAUUAUGGUGGGUCGAAGCAGCACCUUCAUCGGCAUCAACCUGGUGGGGAACCUCAUCUUCUACCACUGUCAGAUCACAUUCUACUUGUGGUCAUUGCUGGUUUUGAGUAGUGCUGUGGCUGCCGUCUUCCUGCCACCAGAUAAGCCUCCAAUGGAAGCCACGGCACUGUAAACUGGUCUUAGUCUUGAACUGUCUGUGAUGCAUCAAAAGACAAAGUGCAAGUGAAAUUCGCACCAAUGUAUUUAAAUACAAUGUACUUACUUACAAUCAUAUUUAUAGUAUGGGUUUUUAGUGAAAUUCAAACGCUUUAAAAAAAAUAUAAAGUUAAGUCUAAGACAAGAAGAUAAUAUCAACAACAUUGACAAGGGUCCUAAAAACGCCGUAUUGAAGUAAUUCACCAAAAAAGCAAUAUUCCUAGUUGACAUUUGCGCAUAGGUAUUUAGGCAGAUAAAUGCGCAAUGUAAACAAAUGUCAAAUAGCAAUAUUGCCUUGUAACCCCCCAGUAAGGGGACGACUUUGUGAUCCCUAGUUUGGUUAGGACAUUACAGGCUGAUCACCUGAUUGUCCGAAAGUAAGAUGAUCCGUGCUUCGGAAGGCACGUAAACCGUUGGUCCCGGUUACUGAUGUAAGUACGUGGUCGUUACAUGAGUCAUGUCAGGGGCCUUUGGCGGUGCAGUAGUAACCCUGACACCAGGGUUGAGGUUGGUAUUCCACCUCACAACCCACACGAUAAGAAGGAGGGGACGACUGACUGACUGAAUCAUCAGGCUUUAAUCGAAAUCACAAGUCAUCAGAAGACAAUUUGUAGUCACUUUUGAUAUGAAAUCCAGCCGUCACGGCACGUCAACUGUACCGCACGCGGCGCGAAUUAUAUCGACGGCUUCAACCAACAGCCGUACGACUUCUAUCUACGAAUACAGCAUUCGCUGCGCUUAUUGGUUGAAGCUCUCGAUAUAAUUCGCGCCGCGCGCGGUACAUUCGUCGUGCAGACCCUGCAAAUGUAAUGAAAUGACUAUGGUGAUCAUGAUGGUAUGGUCAUCGUGUGAGAAAGGAGACAAUUCCUUGUCGAGUUAGUCCGGGAAGAUGUUUACCUAUCUUCCGAGUAAAAAAACAGAGUACUACAUUCAGCACUCGCGACAUGGUGACUUGUGCCGCGCGCUGCACGAAUUAUGUCGAGCGUUUCGACCAGUAGCCAUACGUCGUGUAUCUACGUAGAUAGCAUUUGAAAGAUAACGUGCGACAGAGUGGUAAAGUACUUAUCUGUUUAUAUUAUGUUUAAUAGUUAUGUAGUAGAAUACGUAAGUAGGUAUUUUCUUUUUACUUUCAAUCAAUUGUUUUGGAAUAUUUUUCGACUCAACAUAAAUAAAAUAAAAGUUA